AUGGUUCGUGUUUCGCUCAUCCUCGCGCAGCUGCUGGCUGUCGUCGCAGCCCCCGUCGCCGCCGCAGCCGAGGUUCUGGCCGACGCCAGCGCCGCGUCAGCCGUCGCACCCAGUCUCGUCGGCUCGGAAAACACCGUUUGUGGGCUCCUGAGACUCAAGUACCCGAAACAGACCUUCUUGGCCGGCUCCGACGGGUACGCGUACGAAACGCAGACGCAGUACUGGUCGGCAAGGGCCUAUGCCACCCCGGCGUGCGUUUUCGUGCCGCAGAACGCGCAGCAAGUCUCCUUCGCCGUCACCACGCUGACGCUGAGCUUGACCAAGUUCGCCGUCCGCGGCGGUGGCCACAUGCCGGUUGUCGGCUACAACAGCAUCGGCUCGUCGGGCGUCCUGCUGUCGACCUCCAACCUGACCACGCUGGCCCUCUCCGGAGACAAGAGCACCGUCUCCGUCGGUGCCGGCCUCAGAUGGAGGGAUGUGUACUCUUAUCUCUCGCCCUCGGGCCUUGCCGCCGUUGGAGGACGCAUCGGUGGUGUCGGCGUCUCCGGUCUCUUGCUCGGAGGCGGCAUCUCCUUCUACUCGAACCAGUACGGCUUCGCCGCCGACAACGUCGUCCGUUACCAGGCCGUCCUGGCGAGCGGCAUCGUCGUUGAGGCGACCGCAACCAACGCCUAUGCAGACCUCUUUUGGGCUCUGAAGGGCGGCGGCAACUCCUUCGCCAUCGUCACCCGCUUCGACCUCAAGACCGUCAAGUCGUCCAAGGUCUGGGUCGGCAUCUCGCAGUAUGCCCAGACGGACAGCGCCAAGUACCUCGACGCCGUCUACAACUUUGGCAAACACGGUUCCGCGGACGGCAAGGCGGCCAUCAUCCCCACGAUUCUCACGUACCCUUCGUACAACAUCACCGCGUACGCGGCGGCUCGGUUCUACGAUUCCGAGACCCAGCCCGCCACGGCGUUCGAGAACUUUACCUCGCCCGUUCUCGCGCCCGUGGCGGAUUCGUACGCGCUGCAGCCUCUCGCUGAGUAUAUCAGUGCCGUUGACGCGCUGCAGCCCACUGGCCUCCGUCAAGAGUUCCGCGUGUUGUCCCUGGUCGUCGACCGUGACGCCAUCGACUACGUCCACGACGCCUUCCUCGCCGCCACCGGCUCCAAGCUCACCGGCAUUGCCGGUCUCUCGGCCUCCAUCACCUUCCAGCCCAUCACCAAGGAGUUCAUCCAGCAGGGCGUCGCCAAGGGCGGCAACCCGCAGGGAGUGGACCCGGCCCGAGCCCCCUACUUCUGGGUCGUCGAGAAUCUGACGUGGCAGGAGGCCAAGGACGACGCGGCCGCCAGCGGAUUCGCCGACACCGUUACGGCCGAGAUCGAGGCGGGCCUGGUGUCCAGGGGCGUUGCGGGCGGGUACCUGUACCUGAACGACGCGGGCAAGGGGCAGAAGAUCUUCCAGAGCUAUCCGGCGGCCAACCUCGCGAGGUUGAAGGCAAUCCGUGCCAAGUACGACCCGUUGAGGAUUUACACCAACCUCUUGACCGGGGGCUGGAAGGUUCUCGAUGCCUGA